GAUAAAUUCGUGCCGUCCGCGGCGAGCCGAGCCAGGCCACGGCGCUCGGCCUGUUGAGAGAAGACCUUCCCGGACGGCAGUGACAAUUUACCCGACAUCAAUCGUCGACGGCAAGCUCGAGAACUGCGCCUCCAAAGUCGCCCAGAUUCGCCUCUCGCGGCGCGCUGAGUCAGUAUCGCCGGUGCGCCAGCCAGCUCUGCUCCACAGCAGGGCAUGCCUGACUGGCUCCUGCUAGCCGUGCGUCCUGGUGGCAUCCAUUGCCAGCUCAGGUAGCCUCAGGAGGUCGCCUCGCGCACAACUCGGUGGAGCCGACAAACGCCGGCCGGGUCGGCCCCGCCGCCCCCAUCGCCGCCGCCGGGGCGGCUGCGGCCUCGGCGGACCAUCCGGCGCGCCGCGCGCCCGACGGGGAGGCGCCGCUCGGACUCGGUUGACGGCCGCCCAAGUGCUUGGCUCGUGCCCAGCCGACCGGCAGGCGAUGCCCACUCGCUGCUAGGCUAAUCUCGGGCUGUCUUGCGGCGGUGUGGUGCCGUGAAGGGCACCCGGCACAAAACUACGAUAGUUAGUACCGUGCGGGGGCAGUGCAUUUAAUUCUGUCAAAAAUCGAAAUGUGCUC